UCAUGACAUUUUCCUGAGAUAAGCUGACUACUCUGCGCCCAAUAAACUCUUCUUCAAUAGCUCAGGUCGUCAAUGCGCCAUACACUCCCCGCAAUACGGACUCCUGCCCCCCGCCAGACAUCCGCCUCCCCCCGCCCUAGGAUGGUAGGAGCCGCGGCGCGCUCUCCGCAUCUUGGUGACCGUGUGGAGCCGGGCCUGACCCCUCAUUGAUUCCCGCCGGAAAGUCUCCUCUCAGGAGGGAUGUGUCAGUGAGCGGAGCCGGGCAGUGCAGAGACCUCGGAGCGGCCCGUCACCUCACCGGCCGCCGCCAUGGCGGACAACGAGAUGAAAGUUCCGGAGGACAUGUUCAAAGAUGUGAAGUUCUACCUGGUGGGGGACCUGGACCCUCAGAUUGUACAGAUGCUAAAAGCAGGAAGAGCAAAGGAAGUGUCAUAUAAUGCUCUAGCUACACACAUAAUUGCAGAAGAUGGCGACAAUCCUGAGGUUGGAGAAGCCAGAGAAGUAUUUGAUCUCCCCAUUGUAAAGCCCUCCUGGGUCAUAUUAUCUGUUCGAUGUGGAGUCCGUCUUCCAGAAAAUGGAUUUUCUCCAGAGUCUGAUCAAAUAUUUUUUGGUGUGACUGCUUGCCUUUCCCAGAUCUCACCUGACGACAGAAAUGCUCUUUGGGCUCUUAUUACUUUUUAUGGUGGUGACUGUCAGCUAAGCCUCAAUAAAAAGUGCACUCAUUUAAUUGUUCCUGAACCAAAAGGGACCAAGUAUGAAUAUGCUUAUCAGAGAGAGAACAUUAAAAUAGUUGCUCCGGACUGGGUUUUGGAUUCAAUAUCUGUGAAGAACAGGAAAGAUGAAGCACCUUAUCACCCACGUCUUAUAAUCUAUGAGGAGGAAGAGGAGGAAGAUGAAGAGGAGGAAGAGGUAGAAGAUCAGGAUUCCCGAAAUGCCAGUGCCGAUGAGGAUAGAUAUUCUUCAAAGUCUAGUCCAGUGUCAUCACGGGAGCAAUCUCCAACACCAAACCAAGAACGUUCACCAAAACGCAGUGGCACAGUGAAAAUUAAAGAGGAGCUGAUGUUUGAUGACUCCGAUGAUUCCUCUCCUGAAAAGCAGGACAGAAACCUGAACUGGACUCCAGCAGAAGUUCCACAGGUAUCCACUGCAAAGCGAAGGCUCCCCCAGGGAAAAGAUUCAGGACUAAUUAAUUUGUGUGCGAAUGUGCCACCUGUACCAGGGAACAUUUUGCCACCUGAAGCUCGGAGUAAUUUGCUCUCGUCCCUCACUGGAACUCCAGGUUCUGAAAGACCAGACAUGAUGCCUUUCAGAAGUCCAGCCGUGAGAACACUUAGAAAUAUUACAAACAGUGCAGAGAUACAGCAAAUCAAUCGACCCUCAAAUGUAGCUCAUAUUUUACAAACCCUGUCGGCCUCUACCAAAAGUUUAGAGCAACAAGGUAACCAUCCGCAACAAGGUCAUCCAAACGCAAUGUUGUUCAGUCAAGUAAAAUCCUUAACGCCAGAAGCGCAACAACAUUUGUUACAACAACAAUCCCAUCAAACACAAUCGCAACAACAACAUCAUCCUCUGGUGCAACUUCAGCCUCAACAGCUUAUGCAACUGCAGCAGCAGCAGCAGCAUCAACAAGUAACUCAGCAAGUUUUCCCACAACAUCAGUUUUCACAAGUGAACCAACAGCAUCACUUUACUCAGCUGCAGUUUUCUCAGCAACAGCAGCAAACCAUGCAGCAUCGCCCACAGCAGCAAACCAUGCAGCACUUUCAGCAGCAGCAUGUUCUGCAGCAGCAGCUUCAACAACUACAGCAGCAGCAACAUCUUCAGCAGCAACAACAACAACAACAGCAGCAGCAACAGCAGCAGCAGCAGUCUCUACAGCAAACCUUGCAACAGCAGAAUAUACAGCAGAUCCUUCAGCGUCAGCAGACUCCUUCACAGCAACAGGCACUACAGCAGCAACAGUCACUGCAGCCAGCUAUACAGCAGCAACAGACUCUUCAGCAGAACAUGCAGCAGCAAACACUUCAGCAACAGACGCUUCAAACAAGCAUUCAACAGGCUCUCCCACCAGGUGUGCAACAACAGCAGGGUCAGGUCUUGCAGCAGAAUCUUCAACAGAGCAUUCAGCAGCAGAAUAUGCAGAUACAGCACCUGACUCUUCAGCAAAAGCAACAAUUGCAGCAGCACGCUCUUCAGCAGCAGCAGCAACAGCAGCAGCAGCAGAUUCAGCCCCAUGCUUUACAGCAGCAAAUUUCAUCACAUACACUGCAACAGCAGCAGCAAAUUCAAAACCAAGCUCUACAACAGCAACAGAUUCAGUCUCAAACACUUCAACAGCAGAUACAACCACAGGGACUUCAGGCACAGCAGCAUCAGAUGCAGGUUCAGACUAUGCAGCAGCAGCAAAUCCAGACUCAGUCACAGCAUCAAAUACAAGCCCAAACACUGUCGCAACAGCAACAUCAUGCACAACCACAAACACUUCAACAGCAGCAUCAGAUGCAACCACAGACUCUUCAGCAGCAUCAGCUCCAGUCACAUAACAUUCAGCUCCAACACCAAAUUCAAACACAGGGCCAUCAGCAACACCAGAUCCCUUCACAAAUGUUGCAACAGCAGACACUUGCCCAGCAGCAGCUGCAGCAACAAACUCUACAGCUUCAGCAGCAGCAGCAAAUGAAACAGCAGCAAAUGCAACAGCAGCAGCAGACACUACUGCAGCAACAAAUUCAACAACAAACCCUGCAGCAGCAACAGAUUCAGCAAGCAAGCUUACAGCAGCAGCAAAUGCAGCAGUCGCAAGCAUCACAAAUACAGCAGACGGCACUCCAACCGCAGCAAGCCCAGCAGGCGGCAUUGCAGCAGCCUUCAAUGCAACAGACAGCUCUUCAGCAGCAGCAGCCUCCACUGCAGAACCAAGCAGUUCAGCAACAGAAACACAAUCUCCAGCAGAUUCAGCAGCAGAUCCAGCAGCAGCAAAUGCAACGGUUACAACAACGGCAAAUGCAAAAUCAAAACCAGCAACAACUAGGCCAGAUGGCCCAGCAGGUGCAGCCUCAAGCUACUAGUCAACAACCGCCCCAGACUCAGCAGUUGCACGGCCACGACCCAUCUCUGGAAAUUCCUGAAGACUACUUUUUGGCUGGCUGUGUGUUUUCAAUUGCUGACUACCCAGAACAGAUGUCUGAUAAGCAGCUUCUUGCAACAUGGAAACGAAUAAUACAAACGCAUGGAGGUACAGUGGACCCUACACUUACCAGUCGUUGUACCCAUCUUUUAUGUGAAAGCCAAGUCAGUAGUAUGUAUGCCCAGGCUAUGAAGGAACGAAAACGUUGUAUCACUGCUCAUUGGCUCAACACAGUGCUGAAAAAGAAGAAGAUGGUGCCGCCACAUCGUGCUCUACAUUUUCCUGUAGCAUUUCCUCCUGGAGGGAAGCCAUGCUCUCAACAUAUUAUUUCGGUGACUGGGUUUGUUGAUAGUGAUAGAGAUGACCUUAAGCUAAUGGCCUACUUGGCAGGCGCCAAGUACACUGGGUAUCUUUGUCGCAGCAAUACAGUCCUCAUCUGUAAAGAGCCUAAUGGCAUGAAGUAUGAAAAGGCAAAAGAGUGGAGGAUACCAUGUGUCAAUGCAUUAUGGCUCUGCGACAUCCUUUUGGGAAAUUUUGAAGCUUUGCGUCAGAUUCAAAACAACCGGUAUACAGUGUUCAACCUUCAGGAUGCCCUCGCUCCUUCAUCACAUAUGGUUUCAAACCUCCUUGAUGCGUGGAGAAUACCUUUAAAAGUUUCAACAGAUGUGCUAAUGAGUAUAAGAGUUCCCCUCAAACCCAAGCAAAAUGAACCAGCUGUACAGCCAAAGCGAGCAAGAAUUGAAGAUCUUCCACCUCCAACUAAGAAAUUAUCCCCAGACAUGACUCCUCAUGUAUUAUUUACAGGGUUUGAUCCCACCCAAGCUCAGCAGUAUGUUAAGAAACUAUAUAUACUUGGAGGAGAAGUGGUAGACUCUGCACAAAGAUGCACUCAUUUAAUUGCUAAUAAAGUAACAAGAACUGUCAAAUUUCUCACUGCGAUUUCCGUAGCAAAGCACAUUGUGACUCCAGAGUGGCUGGAUGAAAGCUUCAAGUGCCAAAAAUUUGUUGAGGAACAGAGCUACAUACUUCGGGAUGCUGAAGCUGAAGUGUUGUUUUGCUUUAGCUUAGAGGAGUCCCUGAAAAGAGCACGGGUGAUUCCACUCUUCAAGGGAAAGUAUUUUUACAUUACUCCAGGGAUCUGCCCCAGUUUGUCAACAAUGAAAUCUAUUGUUGAGUGUGCAGGUGGCAAAAUCUUAACAAAGCCACCCUCCUUUCGGAAAAUUAUGGAGCACAAACAAAAUAAGAGCUUGGCAGAAAUUAUCUUGAUUUCAUGUGAAAAUGAUCUUCAUCUUUGCAGAGAGUAUUUUGCUGGUAGUAUAGAUGUCCAUAAUGCGGAAUUUGUCCUCACUGGAGUUCUGACACAGACAUUGGAUUAUGAGUCAUAUAAAUUUACAUGAAUGUUUAACUACACCUCCAUGGAUCUUUUGGAUGCUGCAGUGUAUCGGUCAUGCUGAAAGGCCACACAAUCUUUUGUACCAUCUUCAUGUAAAGAUUUCCUUGAUGGCUGUUCCUCGGUGAACAAGGAAGAAAAGUUUAUCUGCAUCUUUUUUUAGGAUGUACAUUUUCUUAAAAGGAAACAUAAAUAAUUAUGUUUGUAUUAUAUGUUUUAAAGCCUGUCUAAAGGAUUAAUAAAAAUUAUUUUCAUGUUUUGUUUGUAAUGUAAUAUAAUGAAGGUACCCAAACUAUUUUUGUCAAAAGAAGAGGCAAAUGUUUGUUAUAUAACUGAGGAAAAUAAACCUUUUGUAUUUUAUAUUUCUAAA